CCCGGGGUGUUGCAGGAGUGGGCAGACGCCUGCUGCAGGGGACUCCGGAGCGUCCACGCCUACAUCCUGGUCUAUGACAUCUGCUGCUUUGACAGCUUUGAGUACGUCAAGACCAUCCGUCAGCAGAUCCUGGAGACGAGGGUGAUCGGCACCUCGGAGACGCCCAUCAUCAUCGUGGGCAACAAGCGCGACCUGCAGCGGGGGCGCGUGAUUCCACGCUGGAACGUGUCGCACCUGGUGCGCAAGACCUGGAAGUGCGGCUACGUGGAGUGCUCGGCCAAGUACAACUGGCACAUCCUGCUGCUCUUCAGCGAGCUGCUCAAGAGUGUGGGCUGCGCCCGCUGCAGACACGUGCACGCAGCCCUGCGCUUCCAGGGCGCGCUGCGCCGAAACCGCUGCGCCAUCAUGUGACGCCCGCCGCGCGCGCCCUGCGGCGGCGCCGUCCCCGGCGGAAGGGAGGGCGGGGCGGGGCCGGCCUCCCGCGGGACACCAGGGCCAGAGCAGGGAACCCCCCCCCCGGAGGAGAACUCUGGGCUCCGAGGCCUGAAGCACCCCUACAGCCACACACCUCCCCCCACCCCCACGAGAAUCAGAGGGCGAGAAGGAGUCUCCCUGCCACUCCCCAGUCCUCCCCUCCAACCUGGGUAGCCCUGGGUAAGCCACCUUCCGUGCUGUAGUGUUAGUGCCCGGCCCCAGGAGGGGCUACCACCUGUGGGCCGAGGGGUGAGCGUGUGAAAUGGGGGGCAGGGUGAGGAGGUGCUGUCUUGGCCGGGGCCCCCGCCCAUCUUCCCCGCAGUGUGUCUGUCUUUACCCCGUGUCCCCCUUUUCAGUGUCUGUCCUCACAAGGGUCUGUCGGUGCGCAUUUGUUCUAUCUGCCCUCCAGUGUCCCUCCCCGCCCCCCAGCUCCGCUCACAGGGCUCUCAUUUCGUCCAUCCCCUGUCGCAGAUCCUGGCAGCUUUGCGAUGCCAGGCCUUCUCCCCGGCAGCGCCACCGGCACAGGGCAGAGAGAUGCAUGUGGCCCCAAGGACCAAAGCCGAGGGGUCCGAGGUCCGAGAGCCGUCAGGGAGAGAAGGCUGAGCUCUCCCUCGCCCAGGAAGACCUCCCUGCCCAGCAGCCCCCAGAGACGCAACCACCUACCUUCCAGCCUUAACUCAGUGGUCCCUGCCGGGUGCCCCCCACCCCUCCUGACCCCAAAGCCAGAUUGCCCACCCCCCCGGGCUGAAAUUCUUUUUGUUUUGUUUGACAGUGUGGAGAGGAAAGCUCCUUAAAGGAUGAUUUUCUCUCCGAGAAGGUCCCACUUCUCGGUUACCUCCUGCGCUGGGAUGGUCUGCUACGUUGGGGGAUGUGGAGUUUGGGGGAGACUGGUGGUGGGCAAGAUGGUGUCCGGAAGGGUGUCAGGUGAUGCUACUGUUGAUUCUGUGUCCCAGUUCCACCUCAGUCCAACUGCCUAAGACUCUGCCUCCAUCAGGUCUCAGGUCGUCCUGAUCAGUCUGCGUAGGGGCAGAGCCAGGAACAGAAUGAGAAGGAAGGAGAUUCUUGUGCCCGGGGGAGAGAGGCAUGCAUCCCCACCCAUAGGUGGAGGCCCUCAGGAUCUGACCCCUUGCCCCCACACCAGGUUGGCCCUCUGUCCUAACUCACCCACCCCAUUUUCCCCGGCUGCCUGGCCGGGUUUCUACCUCUCGUCACCGGAGCUGAUCACUGUCAGUUUUGUACCGACUUAGAAAUAAUAAUAAUGGAGAUUCCAGGAAUGGCCCGAGGGGAUUGCUCGGGGACUUGGAGGGAGGGAGAAAAAGAAGUGGUGCCGUGUCCCUUGCCCCGGCCAAAGAAAGUUCUUGAGGCUGAGCCCUCAGCCUCAGUCAGCCCUGGUCCCAUUGGGAGCAUGAGUACCCUUUGUCAAGAAGGGUAUGAAGAUGCCUGUACAUAGGGGUACAUAGUCUUUGCCAAGGCAGCAGUGCACAGACCAGGAAAUCAGGUACUCAGAGAGGUGAUGGAGAGGAAUCUGGGGGCAGGGUGGGGUAGGGAAUAUAUGGUGUUCCCGUGUGGGAGGGAAUCUAUGAUUCUUCUGCUUCCUCUACUGAAUCUCACUCCCUCCACCCAGUGGGGAGGCACUGCAGUACAACGGCAGCAGCCCUGACCGUGGGCAGCCUAGCGUUCUGGGUUCUAGUCCUUGCAGUCCUGCACAAUUCGGGGCUAGCGACUUGCCCUCUCUGAGCCUCCCUCUGAACCAGAGGCGGUGGCUCCCCUUCCCCACACUUCAGAGUGGCUGGGAGGGUACGGAGGAGGGACGCCCACUUUCCUCUCCUGCAACCCCACCGCUGGCUCCUCCAGGCGUGGGGUCAAGAUGGCGGCAUUUCUCGUGCCCAAUCACCCCCCAACUCUGAGGCACUCAAGGUGAGGGUGAGGGAUCCAGGCCUCUGGCCGCCCCCAGUGGGGGAGUCAUUGGAAUGUAGCCCCCCUCACCCUUUCCUCUUCACCCCAGGUCUUGGAUUUCAGGUCCCUCCACCCUUCCCCCACUCUGAGUCUCUGUUCUUCCCCUCCCCAACCAGGGUUUCUCACACAGGGUCUGGAAGUGUGUGUGACACCCAUUGAGCUGUUAUUGGAAGUCAGAUUAAAAAUCAGGGAGUGUUUUCCCUCGUUUCUCUA